UCGUUCGACCCGUUAUCCCUUCUCUCCUGGAGACCCGAGUUCUCUCUCCCUACCUGUCCUUGCUUCGAUUCGAACGAGUCCCUCCAACUCUCUCCCCUACGGGGAUGUACGAAAAGUUUCCCCCACCAUGGGUACACUUCACCGGCUGGCGUGCGACGAUCACGAUUGCAAGUCGCUGCUUUUCGAGGUAGACUCGUUUCGUUCCCCUACGCGGUGUCUCCCACCACGCAUCCAACAGCGAUACUAGCCAGCGAGCCAUACUACGCUCCCGCCACGGUGACGUCACUCUGAGUAGUGUAGUGCAGUGAGAAGGAGCGAAGCCAGCUCCAUCCGCGUUACAUGGCCCGAGUGAACGAAGCGAGUGCGUUUAAGACGUACAUAUACAAGCGUGCAUCGUAGCGAUCGAGUUGCACUAAGAAUACCAUUAAUUUUCUCGAUCAAUGCACGUUAUGUGACACGACGAGUUGUGUACGAUCGCGAGAAAAAUGAUAGAGGAAACCGCGCCUCGCUUUUACUAACGAAAUAUAUCUGACGUGUUAUACCAUUAACGAGAUACCAAGCGGUGAUGAUACAGUGAUGUGAAAGAAGCGACUACGCGCGUUAGUGAAGUCAUAGAAAAGAAAUCAAAGUAAGAGGAAAGAGGAAAAGGAAUAUAGUGUGUCGUGUGCGCGGUGAAAAGAAAAUAGUUGCACGUUCUAAUAUUCGCCAGGAAGAAAACAUCAACGGUUCUAUCCGUUGGUGGAUCGAUUGUUUUCUUUUUUUUUUUUUUCAAGUGGGGUUUUACGCGAGAGUUUGAGAGCGUAUUUGGAAAGGCUCUGUUUGUUGAUCGGUGUACGAUAUCAAGAAGACGACGGUUGAAAAUCAUCAAGGCAGAUCGACGCGAGUGUAAUAAUGCUUGGCAAAUAUGCGCUGGGAUGUAUCGCCCGCGCAUUGUGCCCGGUGUGCUUAGUGUGACGUGUGAUUAACCGCCUUCCUUCAUACGCGAUUCAGUGGUAUACGAUGUGGUGUUCGGCGACGGUUCUGAUCCUUCUAGCCGUUGCCAUCAGUGGUGUCCACUAUCGAGGUCCUUCCUCCACUUCUUCGUGGUCGUCGUGGUUGUUGUCGUCGCCGUCGUCGUGGUUGUUAUCGUCACCGUCAUCGUCGUCGUCGUUGUCAUCGUCAUCAUCGUUGUCGUGGUUGUCGGCGUCGUUGUCGUGGUUGUCAGCGUACGUAGCGACGCAAAAAUUUGAUCGCGAAAUCUCCGUAGCCACCCUGUUUUGUUGGCCGAUCGUUCUACGGCGCUGCCCUGACGACAGCACUCAUCGUGCUUGGGGUCACCACCUUCCGGCUAGUGACUAGUGAUAAUCUGUUUGUUGCCAGUGAUUAAAUUGGGAGUGUCGAAGUGGGAGGAAGCUCCUUCCUUCGUCGUGGAAUACGCGUAACGUAACGGUUUCUUUGCUUCUUGUCGCGUGUGUAUCGCGAGCUACACGCGAGAAAGUUUUUUCUUCUCAAUCCAAAUAAGAAAAAUUGUGCCGUCAAAUCCGAAUCGAUCAUUUACUUAUUGAUUUCGUGGCGAAACGAGUAAACAACGAUUCAAAAAGAAAGUCGGCAAAGAGAAAAAGAGAGGUUUCCUUUGGCCGACCUGGUGGCGGUAUUGAAUAUCGGUGGUGUGUGGUGAGAGUGUGCUGUGAUUAGCGUCGGGCGAAGUUGUGUGUCGUUGUACAGUGCCGCCAAACGAUACCACAACAUCCGAUCCCAAAUGAAGAGUUCGGAGCAAAAUGGUUAGAGAGACACGUCACCUGUGGGUUGGAAAUCUGCCGGAAAACAUCCGAGAGGAUCGCAUACGAGAGCAUUUCAAACGGUAUGGACGCGUGCAGAGCGUCAAGCUGCUGCCGCGGGGCGAAGAGUGCCCUGUGGAUGGAGGUUCCGGUGGUUCCCUCGGAGAAGGUAACGAGGGUGGUUCCGGUUCCAAUUCUGGGAGCGGUGGUAGUGGCGCGGGCAACGGUACCUCAGGCAACACCGGGGGUGCCUCCGCGACGGUGGCGUUCAUGGAUAUCAAGUCCGCAGCGAAGGCCCACGCGACUGAACAUACCUUGGACGAACGAGCCCUUACCACACAAUACUACGAACCACAGCAUCUUCAGCACAGGUUUCCCUCGCACGGAAGUUCGGAGGAUCACGGAUCCGGCGGGGGUAGUGGCGGAGGAGUCAGCGGAGUGGUCGGCAGUGGCGUCGCCGGUUCCGGCAUCGUCAGCGGCAGCGUCGGCAGCGGAGUCAGCGGCGGCGGCGGCGGUGGCGGUAGCGGCAGCUGCGGCGGCGGAGGAUCCGCUAAUGGAGGCGGCGGCGUCGGAAGCGGAAUCGGCAGCAGCAGCGGCGGCAACGGCAGCGGCGGCAGCGGCGGCAGCGGUGGCGGUGGCAACAGUGGCGGUGGCAGUGGCGGCGUUAACGACAGAGAAAGGGACCGAGAGAGGGAGAGGGAGAGGGAGAGGGAAAGGGAGAGGGAGAGGGACCGAGAACGAGACAGAGAUCGGGACAGGGACCGGGAUAGAGACCGGGAGAGAGAGAGGGACAGGGAGAGGGAGAGGGACCGAGAGAGGGAGCGUGAGAGGGACCGAGAGCGAGAGAGAGGCGGCGAGGGGUUCGAGUCACGUGGCUCCCACGGCAGUUUCUACAGCAGCGAACGAAGCAGUCGAGGGGUCGGUUCCGGGGGUGGUGUCGGCAGCGUCGGCGGCGGCGGCGGCGGUGGCAUCGUCGUCGGCGGCCAUCCGGCGGAUCCUACUCCCGGUGAUCCUGGCGGCUACAUACCCCGCGGCCGUCCACCUCCUGCCAGCUCUUAUCACGUGACAUCGACCAGGGCGAGGGAUCGGCUCUACUCGAGAACCGGCCCGUACGCCUCCGGGCCGCCGCCCCCGCCCCACUUAGAUCGUCAUCGUGGUGGCCUGCCACCGUCCUCUUGGUCGGCCUACGAGUCGACGACCUCGAGGUACGGGAACGCACCGCCGCCACCCUCGCCUGCCAACAACGACGCCUACCAGGACGAGCAAGAUUACAUUCGUCGUCUUGUUCCACUAGGCGGCGGUGGAGGCGGCGGCAGUAGUAGCAGCGGUGCGCUACGACAGCACAAAAAACAGCGUAGAAAAUCGCGAAGCGGAAGCAGCUCGCCGAGUGGUAGUAGCCGCUCCGGUAGUAGCAGCAGCAGCCGCAGCGGUAGUUCCGCCGGCAGCACUUCCGGGGGCAGUACGUCGCCCGGUAGUUCGCCGCAUCGUACCGGAAAUGCCGCCGUCACCGAGGACCGCCGGCCGCUCGCUAUCCGCGUGCGUAAUUUGCCGGCACGCAGCAGCGACACAUCUCUCAAGGACGGUCUCUUCCACGAGUACAAAAAACACGGCAAAGUGACGUGGGUGAAGGUCGUGGGGGCGGCCGGCGAGCGAUACGCCCUGGUCUGCUUCAAGAAGCCCGAGGACGUGGAGAAGGCGCUCGAGGUGUCUCACGACAAGCUAUUUUUCGGGUGCAAGAUCGAGGUCGCACCUUACCAGGGUUACGAUGUCGAGGACAACGAGUUCAGGCCGUACGAGGCCGAGGUCGACGAGUAUCAUCCGAAGGCGACGCGGACGCUCUUCAUCGGCAACCUUGAGAAGGACGUCACCGCGUCCGAGCUCAGGAAGCAUUUCGAACCUUUCGGCGAGAUAAUAGAGAUAGAUAUUAAGAAACAAGGCGCGGUGUCGAGCUAUGCCUUCUGCCAAUAUUCCGACAUCGGUAGCGUCGUUAAAGCUAUGCGAUCGAUGGAUGGCGAACACCUGGGUGCGAAUCGAAUAAAACUCGGAUUUGGAAAGUCGAUGCCUACGUCCUGCGUAUGGGUCGACGGUAUCGGAGAUUGUAUGUCAGAAAAAUACUUGAACAUGCAAUUCCAUCAAUUCGGACUGAUAAACCAGGUGGUCGUGGAUCGCGAACGCGGACACGCUUUGGUCUUCUUCGAGCAGAUCAGCUGCGCACAAGCCGCCGUGAAGGAAAUGCGAGGAGCCGCUCUUCGUGGACGCCGUCUUCAAGUUGACUUCGCCUCCAGAGAGUGCCAGGAAACAUUUUACGAGCAUCUGGAGCGACAGGGCAUCGCUGGGGAGAAACCUUGGGACACGAGGCCAUCUCCGGCGGCGACUUUCGAUGUCUCGAUUCCUUGCAGGCGGGAGCGCAGCAGUUUUGACUCCGGGGUGACGGUUUCAAACUCGAGUAGCCGAUUUACCCGGUACGAAACGCCCCCGAGGUCGAGGACGGCUAGUUACUCCCGCACGUCCGGAGGCGGAAGCACACCGGGUGCCAGCCCGGCUCACCCGACCGCGAUGUCCCGCAGCAGUAGGCGCUCCUAUCAAGACACCUACUACGACGGCGAAUAUACCGAGCCAACACCCCGUCGAUUCCGCAGCUACGACGAGUUCAGCCAGGGAAGCGGGGCCAGCCACGACGACUAUCAGAGCAGCGUGCUCGGGGAUGGGAAGUUGAACGACGACGAUUGUCCACCUCCUUCGCGUCGACACGCGGUUCAGAGCGUAGUAACCAGCGUGGAUCCACCGGCGCCGCCUCCGCCGCUGCUACCACCUCCGGAUAUUAGGCAUCUUCAAAAGGAACGGGUACAUCUGCUGGAACAACUGGAGGAAUGUCACAGCAGCGGCGACGAGGUCGGCUUCGCGCCAAAGAAACGAGUGAAGAUCGAUGGGACGUCCACCGCCAUACUCUGCGAGGACGACGAACCCGAGAUCGCCUCGUUGCUCGUUACUUCGCACUCCAGCAGGAAGGGUAUGGAUAUCCGACGAGUCAGCGACAGCAAAGUGGUUGUACAUCAUGGUACGAGGAGAGGAAGCUGCGAUGGACGAGGUCCAGGACCUUGCAAGCGUCGUCGCGACGUUACCAGCAGGCAUCACGAACACCACGACGGAUCGCGUCCAGGAACUCCGCUAGUGGACGAAAGGCCGGAGAACUUGGUGCCUAGCGAGCCAAGACGGUUUCGCGAGAGAAGUCACGACGGUCCUCUCUCGCUACCGUUGCCGAGGUUCGCGGCUCAAAUGCUGAACAACAAUAACAACAACAACAACAACAACAACAAUAACAACAACAACAAUAACAGCAACAAUAAUAACAACAACAGUGGUAAUAGUAAUAACACCGGUAGCAGCAAUAAUAGUAGUAGUGGUAGUAGUCGGUCGAACAACUCGAGUCUCGCGAAGAUGACCAGUCCACCGUGUAUCAAUCUGUCAACGGCGCCGAGUCCUCGAACGGCACCGCAGCCACCGGCUUCACCGCCGCCUCGUCACCUGAGUCCAAGUCCAACGAGUUCCGACAGCGAGACAGCACCUCAAUCACCUAGUCUCGAAGAAAGGAUACGUUCUCUCGACGAGAAGUACGAGAAGUGGUCAGGAUCGAGGGCGUUAAGCGCUGCCGGAGGCGACGCAUUGGCGAAGCUGGACGCCACGGCGUCCGAGAGAUUCAGGUUUCGACAUAAGUUGCUUGAUUUGGAUCUGCACGAAGUACAACCAAGCGAUAUCGUCAAGUCGGUUCUUGCCAAGAGAAGCGUGUUCGACGAGGACUCGAAACGGUUGGAGAACUUCAGCGAGAAGUACGAACCGAGAGAGUUUACCGGUGUGAUCGGUGUCGGUGCGAUGAUCGGUAGUAGCGUGAGCGGCCUCGCGUCUAGCGGCAGUUGCACCAGUAAAGUUUGCUUGCAGUACCCAUUUCCUAGUCAUCCACCGGUACAACUGUCCAGCAGCACCUCUAUGACCGGUCAAAUCGGUAUUGGCACCACGUCCCUAUCGUCGAGUUUAACGUUUACGACGACCAUGUCGUCGACGUUGAAAACUCCGGAUCCACGGACGGUAGUCCAACACAACUGUGUGCACCCGACGCCGACCACUCCAAUCACACCCGGCACAUCGAUCAAGACUGUUAGCCCCGAAUUACCACCGGUUUCUCUACCGAUCGGUCUUGGUAGCGGAACGGCAGCCACCAGCGGCAAUAGUAGCGGUUUAGCGUUAGCGAGUAGUAUUCAUAGCAGCAACGGUAGCGUAAGUAGUAUUCACGCUCUCGGAGCCUCUACCGCUCGAGGAUCGAUCGGUACCAGUGGCUCUUCCGCGUCGGCAUCCGCGUCGGUCACCAUCGCGUCAUCGCUCGCUUUCUCGACGACGAUGCCGACGAUGGCGGUUCCCACGGCAGCCACCACGUCUGUCUUGACGACAACCCCGAUCACGCAAGCCACGAUCGCGACCACGUUGAACGCCACGUCGGCGGCUUCCUCGUUGUCGUCAACGUGCUCCCUGUCGAGUAGUCAGUAUCAAACUUCCAUGUCCACCGUCACCUCGAUAAUACCGUCUUCCACGACAUCCUUGUCGAAUACUUCGUCCUCUUCCUUCUCCGUCACCACCGUUUCUUCUUCGUCUUCAUCGUUAUCGUCGUCGUCGUCGUUAUCAUUGUCGUUGUCAUCGUCGUCGUCACUGUCGUCGACCACCGACGCUUCCCGGUCUCGUUUGAGGAAGGAAGUUGGCGGUUGUAAUCGAGAAAGUCGAGAGUUUCGGGACAGCAAAGACGGCAGGGACUCCAAGUACAGCGGCAAGAGCAAAGAUUGUCAGAGAAAAUCGCGGAAAGAGGAUGUGGACGUUGAGAGAAAUCGCAAGGAUCGGGAGGAGAAGGAUGGAAGUGGCAGCUCGUCUAUGACGAACGACGUUGCCGAUAACGACGGUCACGCGAGGGAGAGAGAGUUGAAGGAGAACAAAGAGAUGCGAUACGAGAGGAAGGAAAGAGAAGAGAGAGAACGAAGAGAGAAAGAGGAUCGCGAGAGGCAGGAGAGAAGAGAAAAGGAUGAUCGCGAUAGGCAGGAGCGGAAGGAACGGGAAGAGAGGCGAGAGAAGGACGAGGAGAGACGAGAAAGGGAGAGAUUGGACAAGGAACGACAGGAGAAGGAUAGGCGGGAGAGAGAGGAGAGAGAACGGGAAAGAAAGGAAAGGGAGGAGAACGAGGUAAAGGAGAAAGAGAGGAGGGAGAAGGAAAGAUUAGACCGCGAAAAGAGAGAGCGGGAGGAAAGGGAGCGUCAGGAACGCCGAGAGAGGGAAGAACGAGAAAGAAGGGAGCGAGAAGAUCGUGAGAGGAAAGAGCGGGAACUUCGCCUGGAGAGAGAAAAGCAAGAGAAAGAACGGUUAAGGAAGGAAAGGGAAGAUCAAGAGAGGCGGGAGAAGGAAGAGCGAGACAGAUUAGAACGAGAAAGGAGGCGGGAAGAAAAGGAACGUCUUGAGAGGGAGAGGAAGCGCGAAAGAGAGGAGAAGGAGCGGCUGGAGAGGGAACGACGGAAAGAGAAAGAGGAACGAGAACGGGCGGAGAAGGAGAAACGCGACAAGGAAGAGAGAGAAAGGCUCGAACGGGAUAAGCACGAUCGAGAAAAGAGGAGAGAACGCGAGGAUCAGGAAAGGCGGGAAAAGGAAAAGUCCGAGCGCGAGAAAAGAAGAGACAGAGAAGAGAAAGACAAGGAAAAGAGGGAUCGCGAGGAAAGCAGGCGACAACCCACCGAGAAUCAUCUUCAUCAGUCCAUUUCCCAGUCUCAAAAUCAAAUUUCCCCCGGGCCGGUGUCUAUCAAGCGACGAUGCUCGUCGCAGGAUGGCCCGACCGAGGAUGACACCAAACGCAUGAAGAUCUCCGAGCACAGGAGGGACAGCAAAGACCGGCCUAAACAAAAUAGAAGGUCCGAGGAUCGGAAACAUAGGAACGAUUCUCACAGAUCCAGUCGCGAAAGUAGGGAGAGCCGAGAUGGAAAGGAAGGUAGCAGUGGUAAUGUAUUCACACAGGCUCAAGAUACCAGGGAGCAAUCUCACUCGACCGAGAUGAGUAGAGAGUCGACCAGGGAGAACCGAGAGAACAACCGCGAAGGUGGCGGGAAAGAGAAGCAGCGAAGCAAAAGGAAUCGAUCCGAGAAGGAGUCCAGGGAGCGGAGUCCAAGAGUGUCCCACGAGUCGGACAAAGAGUUUCUAUCGAGACUGGAUCUUUCAAAGCGCCACGACUCAAAUUCGCCGAGUGAACAGACCGCAAUUGGUUCGAAUCAUUCGCGAGAGAUGCAACAACAGCAUCAGCAUCACCAGCACCAGCACCAUCAUCACCAACAGUCUUCCUUGAAUUUACACAGUGACGUGGACGACGGUCCUCUAUCGACGACCGAUAUUCAGGUAGCCAGGCAUCCAUCCGCCACGGACACGGACAGCGACGAACCUAAGAAACACUCCAUCUUCGAUAUCGUUGACGACGAGCCCGCAUAUAUCAGUAUGUAUGAUAAAGUGAAAGCACGCUCGACCAAGAACAUGCAGAAGCUCGAAGAGGAGAAACGGCAAGUACGACUUAAGGACAAAUUUUCACAACUGAAGCAGAGUCGAGCGAGGCGGGAGGAGAAAAAGCAGAGUACCUCGUGGGACGGAGACUCGGUGUCCAGCAAGGCUUUGACAGAAGACGAGGCUACCUCGGAAUCUGACUCGGCCAGAGCCAAGUCUUUGUCCAGAAAGAGUUCUCGAUCUCGAAUUCACUCCGACACCAGCGAGGAAGAAGAGGCAGCGUCGUUCAACAACAAGAUUCGCAAGACCGUCAAGACAGAGAGGUUCCUGGAAAGCGACGUCGAUCUCGGAUUCGCUGACACUGAAGAGAAACACAACUCCGUGGAGACGACGAACGUGGUAGUCGUGAACAGUGUCGUUCACUCGAACGUGAAAGAAGAACCGCGCACCUCGGACGAUGACGAACGGAUUCCGGUGUCAUUCAGCCGUGGUAACCAACCAGCGAUCGUGGUUAACAAUCAUGAGCGGGAUUCGUCGCGGAAAAAGUCACACAAGAAGAAGCAGAAGCGGCAAAAGAAUUCGAUGUCGACCGAAGACAGCCUAAGCAAGACCGAGUCCUCGGACACUGUCGAGCACAAGACCAAAUCGAACACCGUGACGAGUAACGCGGCGGCGACGGCGGAUUGUCGAGCCAAUCAUGCGACCGAGUCCGUCAACACAUCCACCACCGUCGUCACAUCUGGUACCACGACGGUUUUGGAAACGACGGAGGAGAGGAUACGAUCGGACAAGAAGCAACGGAACAAGAAAGAUAAGAGGAGAGACAGGAACGCGGAUGAAAAAGCGAAGGCACGAAGAAAGAGGCUCAACAGACAGGAAGCUAGAGAUUCGCAACGUAUGGAAGAUAUAUUUGGCCCUUUGUCAGAUGACGUCGACGAUGCUCCGUCGAACAAUGCGCUCUUCGACCGGUUGGCCAACAACACCUACGCUUCGGACAGCGACGGUGGCCACAGUCCGGUGUUGGACGUGGAACGAGUCAGGCGAAAGGCGGAGAAGAAGCGUCGUCAUCAAACAGAGGACGAGAACAGCGUGGACUUGGCCGAGGCGGGACGAGAAAUCGAGGCGAAGCUCUUGGGUCUACCGAACUCGCCGAAAUCGGCCGUUGCGUGCACGGAGAGUAACGAUCAUGACGUAUUCCGAUUUACCGACGACAACGACAGCAUCGAACCAUCCACACCGUCGACCAUUCCGGAAAAGAUCAAGGAGAAGAAGAAAAAGAGAAAAAAGUCAAAGGAAGAGCGGAGUCGGAAGGAUUACCAUCAUCAUCACCACCACCAUCAUCACCAUCACGAAAAGACCGGCGAGUUGCCCUACCUGGGGGCGGAUCCUAGUCCUCCGAGAGCAAGUAGUCCGUUGAUUCCCAAGACGAUGUCACCUACUCUGCCUACACCUAGAGAUGCUUUAUUGAGUCCCAUUCCCAAGGUUUCGUCCAACACCUGCGUGUCAUCGACAACAGUACCAUCGUCGAUGACUCCUCCAUCCAGCGGCGGCAUUCAAUCAGCCGGGAAACCAGAGAAGAAGAAGGACAAGUUCAUCCCAGGUUUCGGUAUCGAGAUCGACGAGACUAUUCACGAAAACGCGGUGAAAAGUAUUUCAGAACCGGAAGAACGUGAAAGCAGGGAGGAGUCGGAAGUGAAUACACCGACCACACCGCCCACUCAAACCGAGGACAAGCCACGAGUCGCGAUCUCUCAGGAGGAAACUGAAGACGCAGUAGCUGCUCUGCUGGAGGAAACUUUCGGAGUGUCGACGGAAGACUUUUCGUAUGAAGGCGAAGAGGAAGAUGCGGAAACAGAAGACGCGGUCGGAGCCCCGGCCGAGGCGCCUCAAGAGGACGUCGAAGAGAUGCAGCAGGCUGUCGAAAGUCUGAACGCCUCUACGGCGGAGGGAGAGACGGAUAUGAAGCCAGACACUCCUCAGAGCGAGCACGACUUGCAAAUAGAUACAGAUACGGAGGAAGACCCGAACUAUGAGACGUUCGAUUUGAGCCAACCACCGAAAACGCCAGACAUUCCAUCGUAUUACAAAUCACCUACUAAGACCCCCGCCGCCGUCACCACCGUCGUCGCGCCUUCCGUACCUGCGACGGAAAAGACCAUCGAGGCGCGCAGAUCGUCCGUACCAGCGAAACCACCGAGUCCACCGACAUCCGUGAUCGCUCACUCCUGGAAUUUGAACGAGAAGCCGCGGGAGGUGGUUAAGACUGUACAAGCGGCCGAGAUAGUCGAGGAAACCAACGUUAUAGCAACCAGUCCCGAGAGAAUGAACAACUCUCAGCGUCGCGCUUCGAUCUCGCCACCUCCGCAGUACAAGCAACCUGUGUUAGGUCCUUGCAGCGUGCCGAUCACCAGCGAAACGCCUAGAAUAGCCGCGACCAGUCCUAGACCGUCAGUACCACAGCCACCGUCAACGCCGCCAUCCAUCGGCGUGCAGUCCCUUUACCAAAAGCUCCCCGUGUCACCACAAUCACAGAUGGUCCCAUCCAUGCGACAAACUUCUCCCAGAAUGCAAAACAUCCCCGCGGUUUCCUCGGCCUCCUCGAACCAAACUCCACCGUUGCCACCACCGUUGGUUCCAUCCAGAAUGCCACCUUUGGUUCCCUCGCAACUGUCGCCGAGAAUUUUGCAGCCACUUUCACCUAACGGUCAAUGGUCUCGAAACUCCGCCCUCAGUCCUCACGUACCGAGCGUUGGUAAACCGUCACCACCACCAGCCAGGAUCGCGGUGAGCAGCGUACCCGUCUCCGCUCACAGGCCGGACACACCGACGCAACAGAUAUAUUCCACAGCGGCCACUCAGCAACCGGUUAUUCAACAUGCUCCAGGCAUGAGAGCUCUAGCACCCAGUCAUCCUAGAGGUGGAUUACCGCCGUUGACGCUGAAUAUUCCACACCGUCCUUACAUGCCCGUACCACCUUUGGCUCCGGGUGGCGUGCAAGUCAAGAGCUCUAGGGAUUCGGCUCUCAGCAGCAAAUCUGUGAUCGAAACGUUGCUUCCGGUAAAUCCCAACGAACCUCCGCAACGUCUGGAGGAACCGAAAUUGUCACCAGCCGUUAUCCCAGAACCGACGAACAAAGCUUCCACUUCUCCGAAGGUUCCUUCACCGAACCAACCGCCCACGUAUAUCCCUGAAACGGCCAAGAUCGAAAUCAACGCUAGCACGUCCAGCCUGGUAUUCGGCAAACCGACCAGCAUCCCGGAAACCUGCUCUUUGUCGUCCAGAGGUCAGAAACAAAUUCCGGGCUCCAUUACCACGGACAACAAUUUAUUGUCCCCUAGGCAGAAGCAAGAGAUAUCGAGUCUUCAGCUUUUGACCACACACGUGCCACGUUCCUCGACACCCAGUCCCGUGAUAGUCGCUCACGGGCAGCCUCACCUAGUCCACAAGUCCGUGGUGCACACCAUCGGAGCGUCCACUGUAUCGUCAGCGAAUCAACCGCUGAUCAAGACGGUGGUACCCAUGCCAGUUUGCCAGCAGCAGCAGCAGCAGCAGCAGCAGCAGCAGCAACAGCAGCAGCAGCAACAGCAGCAGCAGCAACAGCAGCAGCAGCAACAGCAGCAGCAGCAACAGCAGCAGCAGCAGCAGCAACAGCAGCAGCAGCAACAGCAGCAGCAGCAACAGCAGCAGCAGCAGCAGCAUCAACAACAACAACAGCAACCGCAACAGCAACAGCAGCAACAGCAACAACAGCAACAACAACAACAGCAACAGAUCCCAUCCAGUGUAACAGUUUCCAUGCCUGAGGAAAAAUGUGUCGUCACACAAACGUCGCUUUCGUCUCUAAACAGCAGCCAAAGGCAUUCUCCGGUUCUGCAAUCCAGUCAUCUCUCCAAGCCUCACCUCCCAUUGGUAUCUACAGUCUCGCAAGCCAUCGUCUCCAGAACGACGACGACGGUACCUUCCACGGUUCUGUCUUCCGUUCCCAUUGAACAGAACACCACCGAGAGCGUGCUAGAGUCGCGGCUACCACCAGAACAGGAGCUCCAGGUCGAUCCCGAUGCACAGAUGGCACAAACAGCUCAGCCCAUGCAACUUACUCCGCCCAUACAAUCCACUCAACCGAUUGAUGUUAUAAAAGAGGAACCAUCCGAUAUCCUGAAGCACGAGGAUACUACCGCGAUCAAAGAGGAAUUCUCGAACACCGAGUCCGAGCAACCAUUGAAUCAACCAUUGAAUGCACCAUGCGCCAACUCGGUUGACGCAAAAUCUCCAAAGGUCGAGCAACAAGUGGACCAGAUCAAAUCGGAGAAGCUGUCGUGUGCGUCAAAAUCCGAAUCCAACGAUGGCGAUCGUCUCGUUCCUAAAAUGAUGGAAGUCGAAAUCAAGACGGAACUCGCGAAUCCCGAGGUUAAAGAGGAAGAGGAAGAGGAGGAAGAGGAAGAGGAGGAGGAAGACGAAAUUCCAAAGGAGAACGAUGAAGUUGAUAUGGAAGAAGAAGCAGCGGAGGAUCCACUGAAAGAGCCGUGCACGGAUCCGCUCGCGAUCGAUGCGUCCAAGGAGGAUCCGGCUGACAGUAAAGAAGACAGCGACUAUUGGUCUGCAAAGGAGGUGAACAUCGAGAGCGUGAUAAAGAAGGUAGACGCGUUGUGCGAUGGCGAGGGUAACGAAGAUGGUGACAAGGAAACGGCACAGCACGAACAAAGCGUUACCAAUGAGACACAGGAACAGCAGCCAAAGAGCAACGAGUCCGAAUGGUUUAACCGCGCCGAGGCAACCGAGCCCGAAACCAAGAAGAACUUCGUCGCGACCAACGAGGAACAGGACGAGGGAGUGGAGACGUGCGAAAGCGAGUCGACAAAGAGUCGACGCGGUCGAACCAAGAGCAGACGAGGAUUCGGUAGCCGCGGCGGUGUAAGCACCAGACGAAGCAGCAGAAACACGACCACCACCGUUGUGCAUAAACGAGGAGCGAGGACUUCCAGGGGAAGCAAACAUCACGUAGAGAAGAACAAGCUGCCGGCGGACGUUUACGAAUUCCACGACGAUAGCGAGGAAGAUAAUGCUGGACGGCCGCGAUUGAUUCUCACGAUCAAGUCACCAGUGCCGAGUAUGACUGGUCCGAACGCGCAGCCAGCGACGCCUAUAGCCGCUGUGAAAGAAGUACCGCCGGAGGAAUUCGUUCCUCCAGCAGCGAACACCAGAAAGUCCAGAAGACUGGCCGAGAGGGAUGGAAGUAGAAACACGAUCGACGACGUGAUCGAAGACGUCGUGCGUGGCUCCGCGAUGAACAAGGGGGUGAUAGGAGGAUCCAUUGGAGGGAACGUUCACGCCACCAGACGAAGCACUAGACACAACAACUCUUCUCGUAACGUUCAAAGCAUGGCGCAACAACUUACUGAACCUAGAAAAUCACCGCGAGGUGUUCGCGGCAAAUCGGUACGAAGAACUUCCGAAAACGACGACGACGACGAAUAUCGAGAACUGAUAAAGAUAAAGGAGACACCUCCGGCGCCGCAGCAGGAACCCCAGAACAAAGAAGAGAGCGUCGUUUCGCUUCGGGACGAGACCACGCCGAAGCCCGAAGAAACGAGUCAACAGCAGCCUGCAGCUGCGCCGUCACCUACGCACAAACCGGUAUCUCAUGAACCGAUGACGCUGAUAGAUCCAGUCACUGGAAUGUUGAUACCUAUGAGAGAGUCGGAGGAAGGUCAAUACAUUCCUGUUUCCACCACUUCUGGACAGGCGCAAGCGGUGAGCAGAGCCACGUGCGAUUCGAGAAACACUCCGGCUGGUUUGGUGAACGCUGCGGUCGUUGCGCCCAACACGACCGAGACGUUGCGAUCGAAGCAGCCGCAGCCGGAGAAUUUAACCGUCUCUGAAGAACUUAAGAAGGAACCAGCCCCGGAACCGCUUCAACAAAAUCAACAGAUCCAACCACAGACCAGCGUUAUCACGAAACCACAAUCUCCGGUUGUUCACCAAGUCACCUCCGCAGUCAGCAUGGUUCAGCCAUCGGCAACGAUUUCUACCACUGUUACCUCUAUAGCUACGACGGUGGUAACUAUUCCACAGACGACAUCCACUUGUUCCACCCCGUCGAAACCUACGAGCCUCAAGGCUCACGUCUUGAACGCCAGCAAGCUGACUACACCGGCGCAACCGCAGCAGCAAGUGGUCAUUACCAAACCGACGGCCUCCAGCGUGGUUAGUCAACCGCCAUCGGUGGUGCAGCAGCCACCAAAUCUUGUAAAAUCAACGCAGUCCGUGCAAGCUUUGCAUCUCCAAGUUUCUAGCAAUAGAGUAUCGUCACCGAGCUUAAGUCCACGUGCUAAACAGCCGGUAGCGCAGAUCGGUGCUGCGAAUGGAAAAGGUCAAGGACAACCCAUGUCACCAGUAUUGAAUAAUACUGGUGCUCCACCGAAUCCUAAGCAGCAUCUCCUACAGGCGGCAAAACAGCAGACACCCACGAUAGUGAAUCUUCCUCAGAAAUUAGCUAUGAACGUCCAACCAGCUAGUGUAACGACGACUCCGACACCGAGAAUUCAUCAACCUAUCUCUCAAUCAACGGCAUUGAAAGGCAUCAACGGGCAGCCGCAUCCUUUGAAUCCGAAGGCUCAUUUGCUGCAGGCUGUGGUACCACCUAUGGUCCCAGGUGUGGUGGCUAGCCCACCCACUCAAUCUCACCUGAUAAACCCGCAGCCCGCUAGCGUCAGCUGCUCGAGACCUCCAGCACCUAAACCACCACCGGUAACGGGAACGAUGGAGCCACCGAAAGUAGAAGUGUCGAUGUCCGGCUGUAUUAUGGUCCCAACACCGAGUCCUCAGGCACGGGGCGUAUCAAUAUCAACGUACGAAGGAGGACCACUGCAUGGGAGUGUGGGUGCUACUCCAUCACCAGGGGGUCAAUAUGGACUUGUCCCCCCACAUCGAUCCCAGAGUCCUCCAUUGCCCCCACCUGCCCAUCAUCAUGCUAAUGCUUCUCAGGGUGACGUUGUCAAUCACUAUGGCGGACUGACCAGAGGCGGAGAGCUCCCACCUCACUACAUGCACCCACAAAUGCUGCAGUACCAGUACUUGCGUGCACAACAGGAGGCUGCUUUAACAGCCCCGCGCAUAGCUUACCAUAUUCAAGAGACUCGAUCUCCUCAUCUACCUUUAGAUCCGAAACUCGAAACAGGCAUAGAAGACAGCCACAGCCCACCGUUGGAAUUGAGACGUAGUACACGAACGCCGCACGAUCGUACUACCGAUAGUCCUCAAGUAGCUCAAGUGUACAUGAUGCACGGAACAGUGAGAUUACCUCCACCACCGCCACCGCAAUAUAAUACGGGCAGUAAUCCAUCGUUGACUGGGGCGCCAGCAGCAGCUGCCAGAGGUGGUUUUUACGAACCUCCACCGGCUCAUCUGCGAUCUCAGUAUCCUAUUGCUGCCAGCGAGGCGCCAAGCGACAGAGCCAUCACCCCCGAUAGGCCUAGAAAACACCAAGUGGUUACCCCACCUCACGCUUCUCAAGUGCCACCGCAAGCAGAUUCAUUCCAGAUGUUGUUGCAACGUUACCCGGUUAUGUGGCAGGGACUAUUGGCUCUCAAAAACGACCAAGCAGCGGUGCAGAUGCAUUUUGUUUUCGGUAAUCCAAAUGUGGCCAGAGACAGUUUACCAUGUAACAGCGAUGGAUCUACUCCACCACUGAGAAUCGCUCAAAGAAUGAGACUGGAACAAACUCAGGUCGAAGGAGUAGCAAGGAAGAUGCAGAUGGAUAACGAACACUGCAUGCUCCUUGCGCUUCCUUGUGGCCGAGAUGAAGUAGACGUAUUGCAACAAAGUAAGAAUCUUCAAACCGGAUUUAUAAUGUAUUUACAACAAAAACAGGCCGCUGGAAUUGUCAAUAUCGCUGCACCAGGAUCGCAACAACCUGCAUACGUAGUUCACAUUUUCCCGUCGUGUGAUUUCGCAAACGAGAGCCUAGCGCGAAUUGCACCGGAUUUAUUGCAUCGUGUCGCAAAAAUCGCCCAUUUGCUCAUCGUGAUCGCCACGGUUUGAGGCCAACCAGUGGUCUAUUGGAUUACAAUAUACCUAUACUUCUCGCCUUCACGCACUUGUAGGACGCUUCGUACGUGGCAUGAAGCCUGGAGUGUCCUCCUAAUGAGGUGCAGUAUCGUACUACGAACGACGGACGAAGAGUAUUUCCGAGGGAGCGAGGAAGGUUUCUCCUGCGGAGUUAUAUCAGUGACAAUCAAACGGAUUCUCCGGCGAAUCGUACCGAUUUUCUAGAUCGUAGGCCUAAAACGUAGGUACGGGGUUGUGUAGCGUAGAGAGGCUAGCACGGUCAAUGUGCGAACAUCACCGAGCGUGCCUUUCUUCCCCGGUUUAUUUCGCAAUGGCGAGUUUCAUUCCUCCUCGAUGAAGUGGCUCGCGGUACCACUCGUCUAACUGACGACGUUUGUGAGAUCGACCGACGUCACUCUUGGUCUUUCUGACAAGCGGGUCAGGCACAACCCCAGCCCUUAGUGAAGACCUUCGAUUGAUAAAAACCACGCGAUGUCCUCACUGUUAAAGAAAGAAAGGGAAGAAAAAAAGAACAAAAGAAAAGAUUUAAAAGAGCGAAAGAUCGAGAGAAAACGAAGGAACAAAAACUCACACGCGUCCCUCCUCUAGGAAAACAGUAAAAUAAUAUAUCUACCGUUGCUCUAGAUGGACAGUCGAUUUCGUAAGUAAGAGAAUAGAGGAAGAAGAUUAAAAAAAACUAACGUACCCCCUACCACUAUAAUACACGAGCUAUUUUAAGUAAGGCUUAGAUAUUAAUGAUACUGUAUAAAUUAUAAGCGAGCCAGCGAGGGCAUAACUACUGUGAUUUUAAUUAUUUAACGAUAUAUAUCUGCGUAAAGACGAAGAAAACAAAAAAGUAAAAACAUUAUAAAAUGGUGACCGAUUCUGGUCCACGCGGUAUGUGAUGUGUUUUUUGUAUAAUACUGCUCUAUAUAAAUACCUAUGUAUUAUAUUAAUUGUAACAAUAGUUGCUGCUGCCGCUGUUGCUGCUGCCGCUCGUGUCGAAUUAGAAAGUAAAGUUACGAUUUAGACCUCUAGCGAAGAAA